AUGUUUAAAAACUUACCAAGACAUAUAGUUUUGGAUAUCUUGUAAUACUUGAGUAUUUAAGACAUUUUGAGGAUGAGAAGAGUGAGCAGAUAAUUAUGGAUGAUAAUAUAGGCUCAUUAUCAAAUGGGUUUGUUUUAGUGCGGUUCUCAGAUCGAUUUGUCAAAAUACAAGGUGAAAGGAGUAAUGUUGUAGAUCGUGGCUAAGGAUUCUGGAGUGAGUAAGCAUAAACCAAUGCAAAACUAUUUGAUGAAGUUGUGCAGUGGGAGAAUAGAAUUGUCUUAUUAUGAUAGUGCCUAUCAGAGGGUGGGUUCUGAUGAAAUCGUGUAUGUGGUUUAGAGGGGAAAGGAGAAGGAAAUCGUUCGAAAUCUGGAGAUUGUGGGAUUCUCCCCAUCGUCAAUUAGUGUGUAUCCAAAUUCUUCAUCAUGUAAAAUACUAUCAAUUUUAUGUAUGAUACUUUAUAUGUGAUCAAAUUAUUGUUUUCUUUUAUAAUCUGAAGUCCCAAAUGGAUUGUCAUUAAUUAUACGUAUAAUUAAGCAAGAUAUCAAUUGAAUCUAUUCUGAUUUUAUUAAUACAAAAAAUGUCAAUCAAUUCAUCACACAUCUCAGUGCAAGUUGGGCCAUUUUACGAGGGAGAGGGAGCAUGGAGUCUGAGGUAUGUGUCCUUAAUAUGUCGUAGUUUGAAGGCUCUUAUCAAUAAACAGGCUGCAACAUAACAAUUGGAAUAGCUACAAAAAUAAACAGGAGGAAAUUUGGAUACAGAGUGGGGAUUUGUGUUGGCUUUGAAGACAAUAGAUGGUAAGGCUUAGGAGUUGUAGAAAUUCCUCAAUGAGAAAUUCAAUCCAAUUCUUGAGGAGGAAAACAUCACCAUGAAGACUCACAGUGAAGGAACAGCUUUGUGGUUGUCAUUUUAAUUGAAACCAGAGGAGAUGGAAGAAAUCAAGGAAGGAUUCAACAUGGUCUUUGCUCAAGGUAAAGAUAUGAUUUAUUUAAAAUAACAUUAGGUUUAGAAGAAUUUGCUGAGAAGAAUGAGAAUUCAAUAUAAAUGUUGUUGUCAUCCAAUACUGAUUUUACAUUUGCUAGUGAACUUCUUAAGAAGGGUGAUAGACUGAUGUCAGUCGUUAUGAAGAGUCUCAAAUUCGUUCUGAAAUUGGAUCUUGCUUAAGAUUUGGCAUAAACUAUAAAAAGUGUACUUGAGAAUCUUGAGCCAGAUGCUGCCAAUGAACCCCCAAUGAGUUUGUUUCUUAAAUUCAAGAAUUUCAAGGUGGAUUUGGAAUUCAAGAGUUCUGAUGACUGUCCUGAAUUCAUUAGAUAAAAUGGAUUCUUUGGAAAGAAGAUCCAAAAAUGGAUUCAAGAUGGAGAUGCAGCUAUAUAAGACGAAUAAGGAAUAGCAAUCCUAAAACAAAUUCAAGAGGUAAUCAUUGAAAUCAUCGUAGAACUUGCCAAAUAUGGAAAUUGAUUUCUAUUUUACAAUUCCCAAUUUCUUGGCUGUCAGCGGAAAUGCUAAAUUGCCAGGCGUUGCUCAAUUCUUAUUGGAGUACGGAAACAUCAUAGACAAACUGUGAUAUCAUUAAGAUAUUUCAUUGUUAAAAUAUAAACAAUAUUC